CACGCGCUGACGUCAGCCCGUCCUGCGAAAGAACAGCGAUGUGUUGGAAUGUGUGGAGACGUGCACUUCCUUGAACAAACGCUCUAGAAAGAAAAGUUUUGAAAUCCCGAUCUACAAAAAUUGCCGAAAAGCAACAGACCAUCUCGAUCGCUGACCCAGCAUGGCAGCGGAGGCAGUCUUCCCCGUGACUGUGGGGGUGUUCCAUGGAGGCGUGGGCCUGGAAGAGGAGGAGGGGCCUAACGCCGACCUGCCCGCCCCCCAGUUGGUGAUGCUAGCCAAUGUGGCGCUGACGUCGGACGGUAUGGGUGGAGUCUGUGAGGGGCUGGGUGGAGCCGGCGAAGAGCGGCAGAUGGCCGAGCUGCAGCCGGUGGCCACCAACUACAGCAGCGACAGUGAGGACGACGACAGCACACUCCUGCAGCGCUACGGCUCCUACGAACACACACACGCACACACCUACACGGAGCCGCCGCAGCCUCAAACACACACACACACACACACCUCAGAGGAGAGAGGGGUCGCAGGAGAGGAGGAGGAGGAGGAGGACGAGGAGGAAGAGGAGGAGGAAGAGGACGUGGGUGGGGCUGAAGAUCUCUCCACCUCGAAAGCACCUCCCCCAAAGACAGCAGCAGCACAGGCUUCUUUGAAGCGCAGGCCUUACCCCAUCCUGCAGGGGGCAGUGGCGGUGCCGGACGCGAGUAAGAAGCGUAAGCCGUUCCACUGUAAGCCGUGCCAGUACCAGGCGCAGAGCGAGGAGGACUUCAUCCAGCACAUCCGCCUGCACAGCGCCAAGAAGCUCAUCGUGGUCAACGGUGCCAGCGGGGCAGAGGAGCCCGCUAGUGGGGCGCCUCCCGGCCCGCCCGCCCGGGCCUGGCCAGGCGAGGGGCCAGAGGGCAUGGCCAAUGGGAAAGGAGUGAUUCGCUGCGAGAGGUGUGGCUACAACACCAACCGCUAUGACCACUACAUGGCCCACCUGAAGCACCACAACAAGGAGGGCAACGAGCAGCGCGUCUACAAGUGCACUAUCUGUUCGUACACCACGGUGAGUGGAUACCACUGGAAGAAACAUUUGCGUAAUCACUUCCCCAGCAAGCUGUUCACCUGCAACCAGUGCUGCUACUUCUCCGACCGCAAGAACAACUACGUCCAGCACAUCCGCACACACACUGGUGAGCGUCCGUUCCGUUGUCCGUACUGUGAGUACUCCAGCUCCCAAAAGACACACCUGACCCGCCACAUGAGGACACAUUCAGGUGAGCGUCCGUUUAAAUGCGACAGCUGCAGCUACCUGGCUGCCAAUCAACAUGAGGUGACGCGUCAUGCACGGCAGGUGCACAACGGCCCAAAGCCUCUGAGCUGCCCGUACUGCCAGUACAAGACGGCCGACCGCAGCAACUUCAAGAAGCACGUGGAGCUGCACGUGAACCCACGCCAGUUCCUCUGCCCCGUCUGCAAGUACGCUGCCUCCAAGAAGUGCAACCUACAGUACCACAUCAAGUCUCGCCACCCGGGCUGCCAGGACAUCACCAUGGACGUGUCAAAGGUCAAGCUCAAGAAGGUCAGGAAGCCCGACGAUCCGGCCGACUCGACCCCAGAGACCUCGCCGGUCUCGGCCAGACCCCCCGCGGUCAGGCUGCACCUGUCGGAGGUGAGCAGGGCGAACGUGGAGGCCGAGGCGAAUGCGGGGCCCAUCAACCUGUCCACCAAGAGGAGCCGCGAGGGUGAGGAGGCCCUCAGAAGUGAAAAGCUGAACCGCAAGAGGGACAAGACGCCGAAGAGGACCGGCCUAGAAGUGAGAAAGUUAAAACCUGAGAGGAAAAAGAAAGAGAGGGUGGCGAACCGAGCGGAGGAAAAGAAAGAGAAAGAGAAAGAGAGGAAGAGAGUGGUGAAGACACAGAAGGGGGAGAGUGAAGUGAAACUGACAACCAAACGAGAGAAAGCAGGAGCGAAGAAGAUGAGUGUGAAGGAGGGGGAGAGAGAGAAGGGGGCGGAGGAGAAGAGCGAGAGAAGAGGAGAACAGCAGGAGAAACAGAGGGAUGGGGGGAUGAGUCCCAAAAGGGAGGAGAAGAAGACCCCGAGGAGGCCCGCCAAGCGCCCGCCCAAAGCCCAACAGAGCCCCGCCCCUCAGACCAGCCCAGCCAAUCAGGCAAGCCCGGCCUCUGCUGCAAGCCCCGCCCCUCAGACCAGCUCAGCCAAUCAGGCAAGCCCGGCCUCUGCUGCAAGCCCCGCCCAGGUAGACGUUGGUGAGUCGGCUGACAUCUCCAUGGUAGCCAAGAGGAAGGCGGUGAAGAGGAAGCAGCAAAAGCCUAAGUCAGGGUCAUCAGAAACUCCCACACACAGCAGCCCAGCCAAACCCAAACGCAGGAAACCGGAGCCGCCGACACAGAUCCCGCCUCCCUCCUGUGACACGCCCCCUCCCACCCCCGACCAGCUGAAGUCCGCCCCCCUCAGCUCCCUCGCGGCCCUCCCCCUCCCCCGUGCGGGCGCGGACGCCAAAGGCACCCAGGUGCUGAAAGACAAGAAGGAGGCGGAGAUGGACACAGAUCUAAGCCCGCCCACCCCAACCACUCCCCCCUGCCACUUUGGCCCCGCCCCUCUGCUGGGAUUGGCUCUGGACUGCCCCUCCCUUGGACGGGACUCUGCGAAAGACAGAAAGGAAAAGAAAGAUAAACGUCAGAUUAAUACAGACGAACCCCAGACAGUCACAGAAAAAUGUCAGAUUAAUACAGUCAAACGCCAGACAGUCACAGACAAACCCCAGAUGGUCACAGACAAAUCCCAAACUGUCAUAGAAAAACGUCAGACUGUCAAAGACAAAUGUCAGAUAAAUACAGACGAACCCCAGACCGUCACAGACAAACCCCAUGCCGUCAGAGAAAAAACCAAGACUGUUACACAGAAACCCCAGACUACUACAGACAAGACUCGUCCAUUUCACGCCCUGGUCACUACAUCUGAACCCCGACCUUCUAAAAAGGAGGUCCAGACUCCAGCAGACAAGCUGCAUAUGCCGGCAGACAAACUCAAGAUUCCGGUUUACCAGCAUCAGACCUCAACCAGCAGACUUCACAUCACUGGAAACAAGAUCAGGAUCCCAAAGGACCAGCUGCAGCUCCCUAAAGACAAGGCCGAUUUAGCCGCGCAGGCCCUCCAGACCCCUAGAGUUGUCUCGCCUAACCAACCCCAGACCACCGGUCCCACAGACCUGCCCCAGACCAACCCACACCUUCCCCAGACGACAGACCUGCCCCAACCUUCCCAGAUGACUCCACACCUGUCCCAACCUUCCAUAGACCUGCCCCAGACGACAGAGCAGCCCCAGACAAAUCCACGUCUGCCCCAACGACCUGCCCCAGACGGCUCCAGAUCUGCCCCAACGUUCCACAGACCUGCCCCAGACGGCUCCAGAUCUGCCCCAACCUUCCACAGACCUGCCCCAGACGGCUCCAGAUCUGCCCCAAACUUCCACAGACCUGCCCCAGACGGCUCCAGACCUGCCCCAACCUUCCACAGACCUGCCCCAGACGGCUCCAGACCUGCCCCAACCUUCCACAGACCUGCCCCAGACGGCUCCAGAUCUGCCCCAACCUUCUACAGACCUGCCCCAGACGACUCCAGAUCUGCCCCAACCUUCCACAGACCUGCCCCAGAUCUGCCCCAACCUUCCACAGAUCUGCCCCAACCUUCCACAGACCUGCCCCAGACGGCUCUAGAUCUUUCCCAGAUGACGGAGCACCCCCUGCCUACCCCUGACCAACUGCUGACCCCCACGGAUAGUGUUCCGUCGUCGCCGCCGCGUCUGCCCCCAGGGUCGGCCUCGGGGCCCGCGCCAGCGGAGGCGGAGGAGGACGAGGGCAUCCACAGUCACGACGGAGGAAGUGAGCUCAGCGACAGCGCCUCGGAGCGCAGCGAGGACUCAGGGCUGAGAGGGGCAGUGCCCCCACCCCACCGACUCGCGCCCUCCCCCACACACUCUCUGCCCUCGCCCCCACUCACACACACACAAACCAAGACGGCCACACACACACACACCUGCAUCUUCUGUGACCGCUCCUUUCCGCAGGAGAUGGACUACCGUCGCCAUCUCAACAGGCACCUGGUCAAUGUGUACUACCUGGACGCCGCCGCCCCACAGGGAACCCAGUGAGACGCACCCAUAGAGGCAGGGGCCGGGGUGUGUGUGUGUGUGUGUGUGUGUGUUAGGUCUCCAUGUUACACCGUACCAGGUCAGAUUCAAGUCUGGUCUAGUGAUUACUGCAAUUAAAGGAGACGCAUACACACACACACACACACACUCCUGAUGGGUUAUUAUAAUCUUUUUUUUUUUUCUUUUUUUUAUAACUCCACUUUCCAAAGACAGUUUUUUGUGAACUUGUCCAGACAGGAUGUGUUUAUGUGUGUGUGUGUGUUUGUAUUUCCACCAUCUCCUCUUUUUUAAUGAGUUGAGCUACUCGCUGCUUUGACAAUCAUUUUUUUCUCGGUGGUGGUUUUUGGUGGCCUUGACCAACCCCCCACAGACACUCAUCUGUGCCUCCAAAGCUUAGAUCAUUUUCUCUCUCACACACACACAUACACACACACAAUCAGAUCAUAUUCUCUCUCUCACACAUACACACACACAAUCAGAUCAUUUUUCGCUCUCACUCACACACACACGGCUCUGUCUCUGAGUACAGCCUCAUCCUUAUAUUAUGUGCACUGUAACAUGGAUGAUGAUAACACACGCGCACACACACACACACACAGACUGCACUGUAGGAUGUUUGGUGCAAUAUUCCCUUCCUGUUUAUUAUACCAAAGUAGAAGAUAUUGACCUUGUGAUCUAACAGGCUUGACCUUUUGAACUGUGAUCUUUGACCCCGAUGUAAAUGCACUCAGUAGACGGUUAGGACCCCCACUUCCUCUUCAUGUGCCUCAUGCCAUUGUCUGGUCAUUUCCCCUGUAGAGACGUCUCUCGAUAGUGUAAAUGUGUUAUCUCUCGUCUCAAUAGUGUAAAUGUGUUAUCUCUCGUCUGAGCAGUGUAAAUGUGUUAUCUCUCGUCUCAGCAGUGUAAAUGUGUUAUCUCUUGUCUCUCUUUUAUCGUAUAUCUUAUCCACAUCCCCAUCGAUGCCAUGUACUCUGUGUUGUCUUGGUAAUGAGCUGAGGUUUGGCCAAAUCUCUGUAAUCCAAUUCCUCCACUGGCCUGGGGCUUUGCUGAUGGAGUAGCCAAUCGCUGUGCUCCCAGAC